CAUUGAUAUGGGAGGGGGAGAAAGAGAGAGAGAGGAGGAUUCCACUUCCCUUCCAUUACCACGCGCUUCUUUCUCCGAAGGUCUUCAAAGUGCAGAUCGCUCCCAAUCUCCGCUCGAGAAUGGAUCGCUUUCUCUUUCUCCUUUAGAGAGAUUGAGACCUUGAUAAACAGAGAAACAAAGAAGGGAAGGGUUUCCCCAUUUAUUUAUCUGUAAUGCCCUUUCUGUAUAUACCCUAGUUUGCACAUUAGAUUUUUGAUUCAUCGAUCGAUCGAUCGAUCCUAUAUUUGUAGUUCUUCGAAUCCGAUCCAGAUCGAUUGGAUCGGACAUCAAUGGCCGCUUCUCGACGUCUCCGAGAUAUGCAAGCCCAGUCAGGCAAUAAGAUCUGCGUCGAUUGCUCUCAGAAGAACCCUCAGUGGGCUUCGGUAUCGUAUGGCAUCUUCAUGUGUCUUGAAUGUUCCGGUAAGCAUCGCGGCCUCGGCGUUCACAUCAGCUUCGUCAGAUCGGUGACCAUGGAUUCCUGGUCCGAGAUCCAGCUGAAGAAGAUGGAGGCUGGUGGCAAUGAGAAACUUAAUUCGUUUCUCGCCCAAUACGAGAUUCCUAAGGAGACAGAUAUCGUUGCUAAGUACAACACACAGGCUGCCAGUAUCUACCGAGACAGAAUUCAGGCUCUCGCCGAAGGUCGCACGUGGCGGGAUCCCCCGGUGGUUAAAGAAGCGUUGGGUAUCGGGAAGAAGAUGCCACCGUUGGCGCAGAGUGGUGGUGUCGGAGGCAGGAAUGCUAAUUCUGGCAGCAAUGGAGGUUGGGAUAGUUGGGACAAUGAUGAAGGGUUUAGAUCCUCGGAUAUGAGGCGGAAUCAAACCGUUGGGGAUUUUAGAGGUGGGGGUGGUGGUGGAAUGCCUGCGAGAUCGAGGUCGUCGCAGGAUAUUUACACAAAGUCGCAGUUGGAGGCGUCUGCUGCGAACAAAGAAAGCUUUUUCGAUAGAAAGAAGGCGGAGAACGAAUCUCGUCCUGAAGGGAUCCCACCUUCUCAAGGGGGGAAGUACGUAGGUUUUGGAUCGACGCCUCCACCAAGUAACCGGAGUAAUUCAGAAGGGGAUGUUCUCAAAGACACGGUAUCUGUUGUUUCUCAGGGUUUUGGUAGGCUAUCCCUGGUUGCCGCAUCUGCUGCUAAUGUGGUUCAAGCUGGCACAAAAGAGCUCACUUCAAAGGUGAGAGAAGGUGGUUAUGAUUCUAAGGUGAAUGAGACUGUUAAUGUAGUGACGACAAAAACAACCGAGUUAGGGCAGAAGACUUGGGGGAUCAUGAAAGGGGUUAUGGCACUGGCUUCCCAAAAGGUUGAGGAAUUCACAAAAGAAGGCACGAGCCAGGGGGCUGAUAAUUGGCAACGGAAUGAGAGUGAUAGAAAUGGGUACUAUCAGGAUUUCGGGCAUCAGAACAAGGGGUGGAACUCUUCUGAAGGUGGUGGGCACUCUUCAUCUGGUAGGCAGGUCAGUUCUGUCAGUUCUACCUCUUGGGAUGACUGGGAUAGUAAAGACAAUCAAAAGGAGGAAUAUGGGAAGGGUACAGCAUCCCAGAAUGGGGAUAGCUGGGCAGGGUGGGAUGAUCCUAAAGAUGAUGGUUAUGAAAAUUUCUACCAUAGUUCAUCCAAUAAUAAGAGCAGUGUUGGCCACAAUGGAAAAUCUGAUGCAAAGUGGACAGAGGGUGGCUUCCUGUAAGUCUUGUUAUAGCAGUUGUGUUUUACAUUUUUUUUCGCUGGGGGGGAGAAGGGGUGGGGAGAAGUAAAGGUUUGUGUGUUUAAUUUAGUUAAAACAGAUUUUCACAUUGGGAUCAUUCCCAAUAAAAAUGUCUACCAUUUGCUGCCUGGAAAAUUUCAAGGUUUUGCUAAGACUACUUCCAGAUACUUGUUUCAAUGUUUGAUGAUUUGAUCCAAAACCUAAGCAAAUGUAUGUGCCUGUUCUUUCU